UGCCAAUAGCAGUGUUCGCCGCGACCACGAAACUGCGAAGAUUAUCUUCGUUCCAGUCCAGCAAAGUCGCGCCAUAGAGACCGUUAUAAGCAAUACAGGCACACACCUAAAGGAAAUUUUUUAGUCACAAAAAGGAAAUGAUCUUCAACUUAACCUCUGAAAACACAUAAUUAAAUUAUUUUUGAACUUGAUAAAUAAAGAUCGCGCUUUUGACAAGCAUGGAUGAUCAGAAAGCUACUCGAAGUGUGGUGCUGGUCACUGGUGGUACGGGGCUCGUGGGUCGAGCGCUGCAGGACGUCGUAGCAUCUCUAGGCUCUCCGCAGGACGAGUGGCACUUCGUAGGCUCGAAAGACGCUGAUCUGCGCGACCCCCAGCAGACUCGCGAGCUCUUUGAGCGUGUACGACCAACUCAUGUGCUGCACCUGGCCGCGCUCGUGGGUGGUCUGUUCCACAAUCUAUCGAGAAAAGUGGACUUCUUCCGAGAGAACAUGGCCAUCAACGACUCGGUGCUGCAGUGCUGCCAACAAUUUGACGUGAAAAAGCUCGUUUCGUGUCUCUCCACUUGUGUCUUCCCAGCCGAGACUGCAUACCCUCUUGACGAGACAAUGCUGCACAAUGGUCGAGCUCAUAGCUCUAAUGAGGGCUACGCAAUGGCCAAGAGACUCGUCGACACGCUCAACCGCUGCUACGCCGAUCAAUUCGGAUGCAACUUCACUUCCGUCAUCCCCACCAACAUUUACGGACCACACGACAACUUCAACGUUGACGACGGACACGUAGUUCCUGGACUUAUUCACAAAUGCUAUUUGGCUAAACGAGAUUCGAUGCCAUUUGUUAUUUGGGGCAGUGGCAAGCCACUGAGGCAGUUUAUCUACAGUCAUGACGUGGCGAGGCUGAUGCUGUGGACGUUGGACCACUACGACAGUGUGGAGCCUCUCAUUUUGUCUGUGGACGAAGAGGACGAAGUGUCGGUUGGUGACGUGGCGCAGAAGAUCGCUGCUGCAAUGGAUUUCAAAGGAGAGAUCGUGUUCAAUACGAGCAAGGCAGACGGUCAGUUCAAGAAGACAGCGAGCAACGCUAAGCUGCGUCGUUUACUGCCGGAUUUUCAGUUCACACCGAUCAGCAAAGGCUUGCAGCAGACCACGGCCUGGUUCGAGGAAAACUACGAGAAUGCACGCAAAUAGUGACAAAUAACUUGGUUCUUGUUUUAUUGUCACCCCAAGGUGACGAAUUGCGAACAGAAGUUGGCAGACUCCUGCUGACCUGCACCGAAAUCGUGCACUCUCCACAACGCUGGGCUAUAUAUAUUUUUAACCUACCAGGUUGAUUUUGCGUUGUUGCUGUGUUCGUGCAUGUGUUCCUGAAGAAUUUAGUUCCGCGAAGUUUAGGAACCAGUUGCAUAGCUAGUGAGGUUUAUCACAGAGAGUUCAAUUGUUGCAAAACCCUCGGUAAACGCAGAAAAAGUUUCAAUAUUCCGGC